AAUAAAAGGGGAUGUAUCUAGAUGUAUUUUAGCUCUAGAUACAUCUCUUUUUGUCCAUUUUAAUGAUAAGUAUUUUCGGACGGAGGGAGUAUCAUCUACCGCUAUCAGUUUCUUCAAAAGAACCUUUUGUUUACCUUCCACCACCACUUCCAGUCAGGAAUUGGGACGGGAAUACGGGAGCAUGGCCUCAUGUUCAGAUGAACGCUACGGUGUAGCGACGGGUCUGGUGAUCUAUCUGGUGAAUCGCCGGCGUCGGGGAGGUCGGUGGUGGCGGGUGCAGCAGCCAGGCUGCGCGGCCUGAAGGUGUUUGAUUAAAUGGCUCACCGUAAAUACAACGCCUGGCUGAGAAGGCGGAAGGUGAGUGAUCCCCCCUCGCCUCGCACGAAUCCCACAAAAUAUAUAGGCAACCAAGCACUGCCUUCCUCUGUUAAUGGAUGCCCGCCAACACCGGCCUCCGUUACUCUAUAUGCUGCAAGAUAUAGAAACCUUGAAGAUUGUUUUUGACCUAAAGGUUCCGGAGAUUUUUGUUCCAAACUAUGCGUUUUGGAGAUUAUUAAGUGCCUUUCCAAUUCCCAGUCAUCCGGCCACAGUUGCUACCGAUGCCGUUGUUGUCACUUGGCUAUUUUCCAAGCAAAUGUUUGGUUCCAAAACAGCCAGCUUGCCUUGUCUGACCUCUUCGGAGUAUGGAACCAACUCAUGGUCCAGCGAGCAAGUUUGGCCAACGUCAGCAUCUGCAAGCAGAAGGACAGGAAAUUGCCCUUGGCAUAGGUGCUAGGGAAUCCAAUUAUUUUCCAGUAUGAUUAGGACACCUUGAGGUUAUGAAUCCCACACGUAUUCUCUUUAAAAACAAGUCAACUGCUUGACUUGGAAUGUAGACCUCUUAGUCUUACCCAUGGUUUUCCUUCACCUAUUAAGUGGGGAGUUGGGACAUUAGGACGGCCAGAACAUCCAGAUUGUUAGCAAGGAGCUCUUACUGAAUGGAGAAGGCAAGAAAGCACAUGCCUUCAUCGUCUUCCUUCAUAGGAAUACUUCUCUUGAUCAAGGUCUUGCCUUCAGGGCCUGGUUUCACACGUGCAACAGAUACUCUUCUUCCAGGCCAAUCUCUGAGUGGUAACCGGACCUUGCUUUCAAAGAAUGGUACAUUCAAGUUGGGUUUCAACUGCCUAUCUCCCCCAUGUUAUUCAGAUUCUACCUUUGGCAUAUGGUACGUUAACUCAUCAACUUGUAGCCCUCUUCUAGUUUGGGCGCCCGACACGGUUUUGCCCAUCUUUAGAACUUGGUCCUCAUCAUUUGGACUCUUAGAAGAUGGCAACCUAUAUCUUAAAAGUGAUGAAGGCUCACUUGUUUGGUCAGCAUUUAGAACCGGCGGAUAUAUUUCUGUACUUGCAAUACUUCUUGACAACGGAAAUCUCGUUAUAAGGGACCAAGUGGAUAUUUCUGCUGUGUUGUGGCAAAGCUUCGACAACCCACUUGGUACAAUACUACCUGGGGGCUGGAUGGGAUCUAAUAGGAUCACUAACAAAGAAGCCUUCCUUAUUUCCAGGGCUUCCUGUUCUGGGAUUGAUCGUUCUACUUUGACAAUAUAUCCAGAGCAAAGUAGAGAAAUUUUGGUUCGGCUUAUUCCUGACAUACUCCCUCCGUUCCUAAAUGUUUGUCUUUCUAGAGAUUUCAACAAGUGACUACAUAUGGAGCAAAAUGAGUGAGUCUACACUCUAAAGUAUGUCUAUACACAUCCGUAUGUGGUAGUCCAUUUGAAAUCUCUAAAAAGACAAAUAUUUAGGAAUGGAGGGAGUAUAUCCCAUCUUCUCCGGUGAAGAGUAUUCUGGUGCUUUUCCCAGCUGGAUGGGAGUUCAUGCAGAUGGAGACUCUCUUAUGUUGUUCGAUGAUGCGCAUCUAUAUGUAUGAUUGGAUGAUAAUGGUACGGUCAGUGCUGCUGAACUAGGGGACUGUGUCUCUGUUGUGGUCUGCUUCACCUAGUGAGCUUGACUUGGUUCCAUGCCGUGAUGCAGAAAGCAUUUGUGUAAUACCAUACGACAGCACUCAGCCUUACUGUUUGAGAGUUACUGCUCCACAUUGUCUAUCUAAUGUCUCCGCUACAAAAGACGAUUAUUUUCAUCAGAUCGACGGGGUCUAUAAAUUUCCAGGAAGUCCUUCGUCAGUCAAAGUAAGAAGCAGCAGAGAGUGUGAAACUGUUUGUUUCAAUGACUGUUCCUGUACUUCAUAUGCCUUCAAUGAAACAUGCUUACUGUGGUACUGGAAGCUGCACAGAGUAUUGGUUGUGUCUGGUUCGGAAUCUCGUUUGUAUAUACGUAUGGGUAACCAAGAAAAUUCGAACUCCAAGAUUGAAUUUGUUGUUCUAACAGUGGUAGGUGUCUUGGCCCUCCUCCUGGUUGGUCUGGUUCUCUUGUGGAUUAGUAAAAGAAAGUUAUUCGUUGAAAGACUAGUGGAUUCCAAUAGUGGCCUUACGGUCUUCUCUAAUACGCAAAUAAAGAAAGCAACGAGAAAUUUCUUGGAAAAACUUGGAGAAGGAGGUUUCGGCUGUGUUUUCAAGGGCACAUUACCAGGUUCCUCUAUGGUGGCUGUCAAAAUGCUAAAAGAUCUUGGACAGGGUGAGAAGCAGUUCCGAGCAGAAGUGCAGACCAUUGGAAUGCUUCAACACAUCAAUCUUGUUCGUUUGUUUGGGUUCUGUGCUGAGGGAAGUAAAAGAUUGCUGGUAUACGAGUACAUGGAGAAUGGAUCUUUGAGUUCUCAUCUGUUUUCGAAGAGUUCUGUAAAAUUAAUCUGGGAGCUCCGGUACAGUAUAGCACUUGGAACUGCAAGAGGCUUGGCUUAUCUGCAUGAGGAAUGCAAGGAUUGCAUCAUACACUGCGAUAUAAAGCCAGAUAAUGUACUCCUUGAUGCAGAUUUGUGUCCUAAGGUUGCAGACUUUGGUAUGGCGAAGCUUCUUUGCCGAGAUUUUAGCAGGGCACUGACAACAAUGCGGGGGGCCAUCGGAUAUCUUGCGCUGGAGUGGAUCUCAGGGCUUCCGAUCACACAUAAGUCUGACGUUUACAUCUACGGAAUGAUGCUUCUUGAAAUCAUUUCGGGGCGAAGGAAUGUGGAGAAAAUCAAGGAAGGGAAGUUCACUUACUUUCCCAUCUUUGCGGCAGUCAAGGUGAAUGAAGGAGAUGUUAUGUGCCUUACUGGAUAUAGGUUGGAAGGCGACGCAGAUGUGGAGCAGCUGAGCAGAGCUUGCAGAAUCGCAUGCUGGUGCAUUCAAGAUGCUGAGGAUCAUAGGCCAAUGAUGGGGCAUGUUGUUCGCAUGCUAGAGGGUGUCAUGGAUGUUGAAGUACCUCCUAUUCCGAGGUCGCUGCUGAAUUUUGUGGGCAUGGAGGAUUGCACUCCCUCUACAGACUUAUAUAGUCUGUGAAGGACCAAAAGCUUCGUUCCAUUUGUCCAGAUCUACAUCAAGAAUUAAGUUUGUGUCUUUUGUACUGUAUUUCCUAAACUGCACUUGUCCCUUAUUGGCCAAGUUUCUGAACUGCAAUUUGUUACUCCCUCCGUCCGGAAAAACUUGUCAUCAAAAUGGACAAAAAAGUAGAC